GGCAACGUCGUUCUGUUGCAGUGCUUUGACGGUCAGCCUCAAGUUGUCUCUCCACCCAUUCCAUUGCUCAAAGCACAUGCAUCAAGCACGCAUCACGCACAUGCAUGGAGAACACUACCUCCACACCGGAUACUGACCCCGGGUCAGAUCAUCACGAGCCAACCUCCAAUAUCCCGGGAGAGGCUCGUCCAAUCUUUUCGCCGCCACCAUACUGGCACCACAGCAGAAAUGCUUCGUAUUCAAGCCAACUGUCUUCAGAGCGUCCACCCCCAAUCAUCCUGGAGGACCACACUUUAUCCCAAGCAGCCAGUAGAGCCGCUCUUUGGGCAAAAUCUAUUGCAAUCGACGACUAUGUCAUUGUCCAUGGAACCACGCCGGGUAUCGGAUCUUAUGUGGUAUGGAACUGCAAAGUCCAGACAUUGGAUGGCGGUCCGAUGACCAUUCGAAAGCGGUAUUCAGAGUUCGACGAGCUAAGGAGCAAAUUAAUCAAAGCCUUUCCGCACUCGACAAACUCAUCUCUGCCACCUCUGCCGCCGAAAAGCGCAAUCUACAAAUUUCGACCAAAAUUCCUCGAGAAAAGGCGCGAAGGUCUAGCAUAUUUUCUCAAUUGUGUCAUGCUCAAUCCAGAAUACGCUGGCUCGACUAUUGUCAAGGACUUUAUCUUCCCACCAGAAAUGUAGGCCAGAGCCCUCCGAACAUGGUUUGAGGUGUUCUAUUCCUCGACAAAAUCUCUCGUACAUGGCAGGUCAAAGAUGCCUGACCAACAGGACUACAUGGGACAGCUGCCUCAACUCUUCUGGGCAUCAUGACCCCAGUUCUUCAGCGACCGGUAGCUGUUGCUGUUGGUGUCUUGCUUGGCCUUCUCCUCCUGAGCCAGAUGACGCUUGUUAUACGCAGCCACUCUCCGCAUGUGCUGCAGAUCGUCCUCGUCAUAUUUGGAUGGGUCCUUCUUUGGGUUCUUUCUCAAGAUCUCGACAAUCUUCCUCCCGCUAUGGGCGUUGUUAGCAGCUGGCGACCAAAAAGCAUUCCAAAACACAUUCCCACUAGUCAACACAGACGAGGCCGUUGAGAACACCAUCGGUAGGGCCAAGUCUGGCUCUGGCUUACCUUUCAUGACCGAUACUUUCCCCCGAGCCAUCAUCCUUGGACCAGCCUGACUUCUGGGAAUCAUCUCCCUUCAGCCAUUCCUCAAGCUCUUCAGCCGUCAUGUUGACCGUGUUGUUGAAAUCUCUGUGCUUUUGUCAGGAGUGGCUUCCAUAGCAUAUGCUGCUUCCUCACUUAAUGACAUCCUCAUUGCUUUUAACCAUUGUGACGGAAGCAGUUGUGAACUCCCUUUCGGAGGACACGAGACCUGUGGGUUUGGGGUGGACGGGAUGAUGUCCAAGAGAAGUUGCUUUGAGAUGACUGAAGUACACGGCAUGGGGGAUUGAUCAUGGUAUUGUGAAUCCAAAGUUUUGACAUGAUUGGUUACGUCAUGACUUGCGGAUGGAAUUUGGUGGAGUCCGUGUGGUGGGUGUUGAGAUGUGUCGGUGUUUGGCGAGCGCAUCAACUGUCAAAGUUAGUUACGCAUGGCUGCUAACGGAGUUUCGGAUCUGGCGUGGUGUCAAGUCAGAUGUCAGUGAUGGGCAAGGCUGAAGAUCGCGCGUGAUGGCGGUGCGAAUUCCUCAACUGACUGGCCGAUGGAGCGACUUGUGCUAAAAAGCUGUAAUUUGCAUUUCAUAUCGCUGCAUUCCUGGACUACGCGCUUCCUCCAAUGCAAGGGAGAGAUGAGAUGGGUGAGUCAUGCAGGAGUCCAUCAAAAAGGUCCCGUAGAAAUAAUGUGAUGG